UGUCUUGUGCAUUCUGCAGAGUGGCAGCAUUAUUUUUGGUCUGCGGACCACUGUCCAGUCCACUGGCCCUCACCCUGCAGCCUUCCCUUGCCGAGAUCUGGAUUUCAUUGACUUGUUCCUCAUAUUUUCCAUUGUUGGAUUUGUGGAGCCUUUAGCUGAGAGCGGGACGUUGACGAGUUGGCGGAGCGGCCUUCAAGAUGUCAGCAUCAGUGCAAGUGUCACAGAUGAAGCGUCAUCUGCACCAUCAACGCCAGGAGAAACGUCAACAUAAGGAGAAGGAGCAACAUUAUGAGAGCAGCAGUCAGCAGAGCACCAAGUCGUCUGUCAGCAAGCAGACCUUCUCCACUUACAAGACCACCAGCCAUCGUGUGAAGACCAGUGUGAAGACCGAGAAGGGUCAGGAGGUGGUCAGGCUGAGUCCGCUGCCCAAGAGAGCCAAGCGCACUUAUCUGGCUAUGGACUUGGACAAGGAAGUCAUUGGCUAUGUCAUUCCAGUCUUCCGAGCCAAUCAUGAAGAGGUCCGGAGUUUGAUGGAGGCCCGUGAGGAGGAUGUGACCGAGGAGGGCAUCAACUACGUGGCCAUGAGGAACCUGUUUGUCAGGGAGGCCAGGGAGGCCCUGGAGGUCAGGGUGGAGAAGAAAACUAGGACCACGCACAUCCGGGAAUCUGCAGAGCGCUUGGAACUGAACAAGACUCUGGAAGAAUGGACUGAGUUCCGUAAGAAAAUGAACCCUGACAGCCUGAUGCACGCACCGGAGUUUAUUGGCAGGCCCCGCGGACAGACAGUCUGGGAGGGCCAGACCAUCACGCUGCACUGCACCAUGGCUGGCUGGCCCAGACCAAGGAUUGCCUGGUACAAAAACAACGUGCUGAUCGACGCCAAGACGCACUCUGAGAAGUACUCGGUGGAGAGCAGUUACAACAUGCACUCCCUGCAGAUCAAGAACUGCGACUUCUACGACACAGCUCAGUAUCGUGUCUCCGCGCUCAAUGUGAAAGGAGAGAUUUCCUCAGUGGCCACCAUUGUUGUCAAACGCUUCCAGGACGGCGAGGAAGGUGGCCCACUUGAAUCCAAGGCUUAUGGCCCUGAGCAUGGCAUCAUUUUCAAGACCACCAUACUCGACAAAUUCGAGGUGGCCUUCGGGCGCGAGGGCGAGACGCUGAGCCUGGGCUGCACGGUCAUUGUGUAUCCCACCGUGAAGAAGUACCAGCCUGAAGCCAUGUGGUACAGAGACUCUGAGCCCCUGAAGGAAUCCAAAUGGGUGCACAGCCACUGGUCCGGUCAACGCGCCACGCUCACACUGGUCCACCUCAACAAAGAAGACGAGGGCAUGUACACCCUGCGCAUCAACACCACGUCUGGCUACGAGACCUUCUCUGCUUACGUCUUUGUCAGAGAUGCUGAGGGAGAGGUCAAGGGGGUCCCUGGAGCCCCUCUGGACGUGUGUUGUCUCGAUGCCAACAAAGACUAUGUGGUGGUAACCUGGAAGCAGCCAGCCGUGGAAGGCAGCAGCACCAUCCUGGGCUACUACGUUGACCGAUGCGAAGUGGGGACUCACCACUGGGCCCAGUGUAACGACAGCCCCGUCAAGUACGCCCGAUUCCCCGUCACAGGGCUGGUGGAGGGUCGGUCGUACGUCUUCAGGGUGAGGGCCUUGAACAAGGCGGGGGUCAGUCGUGCUUCACGCAUCUCGGAGACGGUGGUCGCCAUGGAUCCCUAUGACAGGGCCCGCCUACGUGGCCCUUCUGCUCCUUGGACCGGAAUGAUCAAGUUCACCGAGGAGGAUCACACCGUGGGGGAGAUACCCGGAGAACCUGUUGAUGUGGUGGUUACCGAGGCAACUAAGAGCUACGUGGUGCUUGCCUGGAAACCCCCCAUCCAACGGGGCCACGAAGGAGUGAUGUAUUUCAUUGAGAAGUGUAUUACCGGGACAGACACCUGGCAGAGGGUGAACACCAGCAUGCCAGUCAAGUCUCCUCGCUUCGCCCUUUUCGACCUGGCUGAGGGCAAGUCCUACAGCUUCCGUGUGCGCUGCUGCAACUCAGCCGGCGUGGGCGAGGCCUCUGGAGCCACGACAGCCAUCACUGUCGGGGACAUGCUAGACCUGCCCUCAGCUCCUGGCACGCCAGUGGUGACCAGGAACACCAGCACCUCUGUGGUGGUCUCCUGGGCGGCCUCCAAGGAAGUCAAACACCUUGUGGGCUACUACAUUGAGUACAGUGAGGUGGGCACGGACGUCUGGAUCCCCUGCAACAACAAACCUGUCAAGCAGACCAGGUUUGUGUGUCACGGCCUGACCAGCGAGACCACGUGCGAGUUCAGGGUGAAGGCGCUCAACGCGGCGGGAUACAGCCUAAGCUCCUCCCCUUCUGAGUCGGUGUUGGUGCGUGCUGCCGUCUCCGUCCCUGCUCAGCCAACCGCUGUGACCUUACUGGAGGCUCACAAGGACACCAUGGUGCUGGGCUGGAGCGAGCCCGCCAACGACGGGGGAGGAGCCAUCAGAGGGUACUUUGUGGACUACAGGACGGUGAAAGGAAAGGCCGUCAGCCAGUGGCAUGAACUCAACCUCCAGGCAUUGACCACCACCUCCUACAAGGUGGAGAACCUGAAGGAGAAGGUUGUCUACCAGUUCCAGGUGCGGGCCAUGAACAUGGCAGGUGUCAGCAAAGGCUCGCUUCCCAGUGCGCCUCUGGAGUGCAAAGAGUGGACCCUUACGGUGCCAGGUGCUCCUGUUGGACUUCAUUUUCUGGAGGUUCGGGACUCUUCUGUGGUGGUCCUGUGGGAGGCACCGGCGUUUGACGGGCGCACUCCCGUCAACGGCUACUACUUGGACAUGAAGGAGGCGCAGGCUCCGGAGAAAGGCUGGAAGGCCGUCCACGAGAAGGCCAACGAGUCCAAAUAUAUGAAAGUGAGCGGCCUUGAGGCGGGUACAUCUUAUGUCUUCCGCGUGCGUGCUCAAAACCUCGCAGGAGUCGGGAGACCCUCUGCCGUCUCGGGUCCGGUCCUCGCCGAGACUCUCCCUGGCACCAAAGAGGUCUGCGUGGAAGUUGAUGACGACGGUGUUAUUUCCAUGGUCUUUGAGUGCUCGGAAAUGAGCGAGGGCUCGGAGUUUGUCUGGUCUAAGAACUACCAAACCAUCACAGACACCUCCAGACUGACUAUAAUCAACGAGAAGGGCAGGACCAGAGUUAUCUUUAACAAUCCCUCCCUGGAGGAUCUGGGCAUAUUCUCCUGCGUGGUCACCAACACGGACGGCAUCUCUUCCAGCUUCGCGCUCGCUGAGGAAGAUCUUAAGCGUCUCCUGGACAUCAGCCAUGAGCACAAGUUCCCUGUUAUCCCCUUUAAAAAUGAAAUGGCCAUGGAGUUGCAAGAGAAGGGUCGUGUGCGAUUCUGGACUCAGGUGGAGAAGUUCACAAAGGACUGCAAGUUGGACUACGUCUUUAAUGACGUCAUCAUUACUCAAGGCGGGAAAUACAACAUGAACUUCGACAAGAGCACAGGUAUCAUCGAAAUGUUCAUGGACUCCCUGGAGGUGAUGGACGAAGGAACAUUCACCUUUAAUCUGGUGGACGGCAAAGCUAAAGGCACAACCAGCUAUGUGCUGAUUGGAGAAGAGUUCAAAGAGCUGCAGAAGAAGUCACAAUUUGAGAGAGCAGAAUGGCUCAGGAAACAAGGUCCUCACUUUAUUAAGUACCUGGACUUCACUGUUACGCCAAAAUGUGACGUGUUGCUGAAAUGCACGGUAGGAAAUGUCCAGGCGGAGACAGAAAUCAUCUGGUCCAAGAACAGCAUCGAGAUAUGCGCUGGUGAUGAGGCCGCGAGGAAAUUGGAGAAAAAGGACGGCGUGCUGACUUUUAACAUUGGAAAGUGCGUUAUUGAGCAAGACGUGCAAGCAGACACGGAAGAGACAGAGCCGCCCGCCGAGGACGAGUCGCUGCUGCCGUCGCCAAGAUCCAAAAUUACCAAGGAGGAUGCUGGUAUUUACGAGGUGUUCUUGAAGGACAAGAGAGGCCAAGAUGUGAGCAGGUUUGAUCUGACAAAUGAAGGCUACAAGGCUGUCAUGAACGAGCUGUUCAGGGUGAUCGCCAACUCGUCGUCCCAAAUCGAAGUCCUGAGCACGGAACACGGCAUCAUCCUCUACUCGGCGGUCACGUACUACCACCAGGACCAGCGCGUGGGCUGGCUGCACAAGGACGCCAAGAUCUCGGCCUCAGAGAGAGUCAAGUCGGGAGUGACGGGUGAGCAGCUGUGGCUGAAGAUCAACGAGCCCACCGAGAGGGACAAGGGCAAGUACACCAUGGACGUGUUUGACGGCAAGGACGGCGUCAAGCGUGUGUUCGACCUGAGUGGCCGGGCUUGGGAGGAAGCCUUUGAGGAAUUCCAGAGACUGAAGGCGGCAGCCAUCGCGGAGAGAAAUCGCGCUCGCGUCAUUGGAGGCCUGCCAGAUGUGGUUGCCAUCCAAGAAGGCAAGUCGCUCAACCUGACCGGCAACGUGUGUGGUGAUCCCACGCCUGAGGUCAGCUGGACCAAGAACGAGAGAGAACUGGUCUCCGACGAGCGCUACCUGCUGAAGUUUGAGCACGGCAAGUUCGCCAGCAUCACCAUCAACGCCGUCAGCAGGGCCGACUCGGGCAAGUACGCCCUGGUGGUGAAGAACAAGUACGGCACGGAGGCCGGCGUGUUCACGGUCAGCGUCUACAACCCCGAGGACGAGGAGAAGGAAGGAGGGGGCAAGUAGAUGAGAGCUGCUCUAUAAAAUAAAGACACACACAGUAGA